AUGUCGGCUGCGAAUCUGUCCAGGAAACUUUGUCAAUCGCCAUUUUUUAUAUUUAUCAUAAUGAUGGGUUAUCUUUUACCACACCCCACAGUACCUAUAAAACUUCCAUCGAUCAGAUCCUUACUGUUAGAUCUUCCUGAACCAAUAACCAGAUCGGAAUCUGAUCCAUAUUUCCAUCAAGUGGCACCACCUCCUCCACCACCACCAUCCAAAUUACCCAUCGGAGGUUCUCAUACCUACCAACUUCCCAGCCCCAGUACAUCUCCACAUGAUACCAACCGUCUUGCCACCCUUUCGCGAGUCAGUACUAGCGGCAUUUCUAACAAACAACCACCUCCAGCGCUCAACUUUUUGCUGACGGAAUCGGGUACAAAACGGAUAAAGUUGCUGGUUCUGCCGCAGUUGGAGCCUUUAUCGAAUCCAGACAGCUACGACCAGUCUUCGGAUUCGAGGAGUGUGCUGCCCCUCACACUGGGAGGCGAGGAAGUAGGAGUGGCGGAGGAUGGCGACGGUGUCGGGUCGGCACAUAGCGAGUGCGCCGUUCCGGAUUCAGAUAAUCGGCCGAGAAAGAAACGCCAAUGUCCGCAAUGCAACUUGUACUUCAGCAACCUUGCCACUCACAAAUCCACCCACUUGAAACCAACAUCACGGCCGCACGUAUGUAAAUAUUGUCAUCGCGGAUUUGCCCGUCCAAAUGACUUGUUCAGACACACCAAGUGCCACUGGAAGGAAAUUGGUUCUGAUAGGGGACAAUUUAAGUGUCCUUUCAAGCUCACUCUGGGCGAAGCUAAUUCAGAAGAUCACUGUUGCCAUCCUCUGGGAAUAUUUUCUCGUUGCGAUACAUUCAAGAACCAUUUAAAAGCAAUCCAUUUCAAGUACCCGGCUGGAACUCGCAAAGAACAAAGAAGUAAGGUUGCUGGAACAUGCAGACUUUGCCAACAACAAUUUGCCAACGUUGACGAUUGGCUCACCAACCAUGUGGAGAAGGGUAUAUGCUCUUACCAACUGCACCACGAUUAA